CCCAGCAAUGUUUCCAUGAAAAGCGACGGGUCCAAGGAUGAACCUCCCAGCUUCAGUAAAGAAGAACCGGGAAGUUUUGAGCCAGUAAGACCAGUCUCUCCUGCACCCAGCAAUGUUUCCAUGAAAAGCGACUGGUCCAAGGAUGAACCUCCCAGCUUCAGUAAAGAAGAACCGGGAAGGCAUGAGCCAGAAAGACCAGUCUCUCCUGCACCCAGCAAUGUUUCCAUGAAAAGUGACUGGUCCAAGGAUGAACCUCCCAGCUUCAGUAAAGAAGAACCGGGGCAUGAGCCAGAAAGAUCAGUCUCUCCUGCUCCCAGCAAUGUUUCCGUGAACGGUGACCGGUCCAAGGAUGAACCUCCCAGCUUCAGCAACAAGGAUGAUCCUCUCAACUUCUGUGGUGAAUCAAGCAGCGCUUCAAAGGAAACUGACCAGGAUAGGAAAAACAUCAAAAAAGACAAAGAUGACCUGAAGAAGAGAAUCAUUGAUCAGUAUGAAAAGGAACUGAGAGCAAAUGGAACUGACACAGAACUCUAUGAGAUACAAGCUGGUGAAAACAAGAAAACUAAAGUCCAAUCCUUUAAGGCAUUAUUUCAGAAUUCAAAGAAAAAAAAUGUGAAAACAGUGCUGAUGAAAGGAGUGGCUGGGGUUGGUAAAACAUUUCAAACAAAGUUGUUCAUGGUAGAUUGGGCAAAAGGAAAAUCCAACAAAGCGAUAGACUUAAUAGUUUCAUUACAUUUUGGUGAGCUGAAUUCAAGAAAAGAAGCUCAAAGCCUGAAGGAUCUUAUUCGUCAUUCCUUUGACUAUGAACAGAGAGUUUACAACUACGACAAGUGUAAAGUAGCUUUUGUCCUUGACAACUUGGAAAAAUGUGAACUUCCUCUGGAUUUUGCAACGAACAAGGACCUGACUGACAUGGAAGAGCCAGCCUCAGUGGAUGUGCUGCUAACAAACCUCAUCAAGGGGAAUUUGCUUCCCUCGGCCCAGCUCUGGAUCAUCUCUCAACCUUCAGGAGUUGACAAGAUUCCUCCUAACUAUAUUGAGAAAGUGACAGAAUGUCGAGAGACCUCAGAGCGAUGGCAGAAGCUGAAAUCUGCCCUGAAAGAAAGAUUUCUUAGAGAAACCACUCAAGAUGAAGACAUAAAUCAUCCUAACCAGAAAAACACGGAACACGUCAUAAGAGACGCCCGAAGUGGUGAAGUCAAUGACGAAGAGAAACCUGGACAAACAGCGGCGAAAUCUGUGACAAGAGUCCAUGCAGGAUCUGAAAUCUUCAAAGAAACAAAAGGAAAAAAGAUCAGAACUGUUCUGACCACCGGAGAAGCUGGAAUUGGAAAAUCCUUCCAUGUGCAGAAAUUCAUAACAGAGUGGGCUAAAAAUUACAAAAAGUCAAAUUUAAAAGAUCACGUUAUAUUUCCCCUUAACCUCUAUAAGCUGAAUUUGAUUCAAGAGAAAAACGUCAGUUUGAUGGUACUUCUUAAUCAUUUCUACGAGGAAACUAAAACAUUUGUGAUCUCUAACUUUGAACAGAAAGAAAUCCAAGUUUUAUUUGUGUUGGAUGGUUUGGAUGCUUAUGAACGUCCUCUUGACUUUGACAACAACGACACCUUGACUGAUGUCAGAGAGCCAGCUUCAGUGGAUGUGCUACUGACAAACCUCAUCAGAGGAACCCUGCUUCCUUCUGCCCGGAUCUGGAUAACCUCCCGACUGAAGUUGCCUGACGCAUGUGUCGACAGGAUGACAGAAAUACGAUGCAAGCCUGAUGUUGCAAGUCACCAGACACUCAAAUCUCAGCUGAAGGAGCAAUUUUCCUAUGUGUCUGAGGGGAUGGAUAGGCAGAAAACCUCAGCUCUUCUGAAUGACAUCUACACAGAUCUCUACAUAAUAGAGGGAGAGAGGGGAGAGAUGGAUGUUAAGUUAAAGCCAGUGGAACAGGAAAUAUUGAUUAAAUAUCAUGAAAUCUUCAAACCUAAAUCCGGAGAAAAUAUCCCCAUUAGAACGGUGCUGACGAUGGGAGUGGCAGGCGUUGGAAAGUCGUUUGCCACAAAGAAGUACAUGCUGGACUGGGCUGAGGGUAAGGCCAACGGGGACAUAUUUUAUAUGUUUCCACUUUCUUUCCGGGAACUAAAUUUGAGAAAAGAGCAAGAACACAGCUUGGAGGAACUCCUUCAUCAGUUUGUUCCGGGUAUGAAGACAUCAGAAAUAACGGACUAUGACAAGUACAGAAUCCUGAUUGUCCUGGAUGGUCUUGAUGAAUGUCGCCUUGAUCUUGACUUUCAUGAAAGUCCAGUUUGGAGAGAAAUGAGAGAGUCAACCUCAGUCAAUGUUCUGCUGACAAACCUUAUCCAAGGAAAUCUGCUUUCUAAAGCUCAAAUCUGGAUCACCUCCAGACCUGCAGCAUCCAACCAUAUCCCUGCUGAUAAAGUUGACCGGGUUACAGAGGUGCGAGGAUUUAAUGAUAAGCAGAAGGAGGAGUACUUCAGAAAGAGAUUCAGUGACAAAGAUUUGGCCGAGAAAAUCUUCUCACAUGUCAAAGAAUGCAGGAGCGUUUACAUUAUGUGUCACAUCCCUGUCUUCUGUUGGAUCACAGCAACAGUUCUGGAGGACUUUGUGAACAGAAACGAAGAAGGGAGGAUGCCCACAACCAUGACUGAUAUGUACAUUUAUUUCCUUGUGUUACAGUGCAGACAGUCUAAUGUGAAGUAUGGUGCAGAUGAGACAGGGGAGAAUUCUGAAACAGAUUCAUGCUGGAAUACAAGAAACAAGGAAACAAUCAUGUCUCUGGCAAAAUUGGCUUUUGAGGGGCUAAAGGAAGGAAACCUUCUUUACACUGAAGAAAACUUGAACGAAUGCAAUGUUGACAUCACAAAAACUGCAGUCUCCUCAGGAUUAUUCACUCAGAUCAAACGAGAAGGCUCUGGGCUGUACCAACAGAAAUUGUUUUGCUUUGUCCAUCUGAGCAUUCAAGAGUUCCUGGCAGCUUUCUAUGUCUUUCACACAUUCAAUAACACAGGAGAAAAUCUGCUUGCCAUGCCUGCUUCAACUGUUGGAGACUUUCCUGCAGACUUCUACAAGCAAGCAGUGGACAAAGCUUUAGAUAGCAAAAAAGGAGAAUGGGAUCUGUUUCUCCGCUUCCUGCUUGGCCUCUCUCUGGAGACAAAUCAGAAACUACUGCAAGAGCUGCUGAAGAAGACAGAGGACAACACUGAGACCACCAACAUGGAAACCAUCGAGUACAUCAAAGAAAAGAUUAGGGAAGAGAAUAGCGAUCCUGAUAAAAACUGCAAUCUGUUCUACUGUCUGAAUGAGCUAAAUGACCACACACUUGUAGAAGAAGUGAAAACAUACCUGAAAUCAGAAACACACGCAUUUGAAAACUUCUCCGCCUCCCAGUGGUCAGCUCUGACUUUUGUGCUGCUGACAUCAGAUGAGAAGCUUGAUGUGUUUGAUCUGAAAAAGUACCUGAAGUCAGAGAAAGUUCUUCUGGGAAUGUUGCCAGUGGUUAAAGUCUCCAAAACUGCUUUGCUGAGUUGGUGUGAGCUAUCUGAUAAAUCCUGCAGAGGUCUGUCAACCUCAGUUUUGUGCUCCCCAUCCUGUAAUCUGACAAAGCUGGACCUGAGUCAUAACGACCUGCUGGAUUCAGGUGUGGAGAUGCUUGCUGAAGGCCUGCAGAAUCUACACUGUAAGCUGGAGAUUCUCAAGCUGUCAGGUUGUCAAGUGACAGAGAAAGGCUGCUCCUUCCUGGCCUCUGCUCUCAAGUCCAAAACAGCCUCCUCCCUGAAAGAGCUGGAUCUGAGUUACAAUCACCCUGGAGCCGAUGGGCAGGCAAUGCUUUCUGCUAUAGCUGCAGAUCCAAAUAUGAGCCUGAAGACACUCUGUUUGGAACACUGUGGAGCGCAUCGGUUAAAGCCAGGGCUGAAGAAGUAUGGUUUAGAUCUGAAGCUCGAUGAAAGCACUGCAAGCAGGAGGCUUUCUCUCUGUGAUGGCAACAGGAAAGCAAAAACCGUAGAUAAGCUAGAGGAGAGAGUGUCACGACCUGAAAACUACGACAGAUUUAAGAGGACUCAGGUGUUUUGUGAGGAGAGCCUAACAGGCUUCUGCUACUGGGAGGUGGAGUGGGAAGGGAUGGUUGGCAUAGCAGUGGCAUAUAGAGCAGUGGGUAGAGAAUGGGACGGAAGUGGUGGCCUAGGAUGCAACGAGAAGUCAUGGAGUCUGCUCUGCUCGACGUCUGGAUACACUCCCCUACAUGGGACGACAUCCAAAGAUGUGAAGCUCAUCAAAUGGAAGUCGUCCAAAGAUGUUAAGCCCAAUGACGGGAAUAAACUCAAAGAUGGAAAGUUCAACGAUGGAAAGACAACCAAGGAUGUUAAGCCCAACGAAGGGAAGACAUCCAAAGAUGUUAAGCCCAAUGACGGGAAGAAGCUCAAAGAUGUUAAGCCCAACGAAGGGAAGAAGCUCAAAGAUGUUAAGUUCAAG